CAAAAUAAAUAAGUAAAUAAAUGAACAAACCCAAUCAGCGGUGAGGAGAGGAGGAGGAAGGACUGGUCAGCUCACACUCAACCUUCCGAAAUAGCUACCUGCAGAAAUGGAAAACACAAAAAAGACCCAAUCUUUCCUUCUUCUUCUUCUCUUUAAAAAGCUUCCAUUUUUAUCCAUACUCUGCUCUCUUCACCUCAUUCUCCUCUCACCCUCUCUUUCAGCAGCUUCCACUCCCAAGCUCCACCCACCGGAAGUGACAGCGUUGGAGGAGAUCGCUAAGAAAUUGGGGAAGACGGACUGGGAUUUCGGGAAGGAUCCCUGCAAUGGGAGUGAGACCUGGAGUCCGGCGAUUCUGAGAAAGAGCUUUGAAACCACCGUCACCUGCGACUGCUCUGCCGGUAACGGCACCGUCUGCCACGUCACUGCCAUAUCUCUCAAGUCUCAAAACUAUACAGGAAGUCUUCCUCCUGAAUUUGCAAAGUUCCAACACCUCAAAAGCUUGGAUCUCAGUCGUAAUUAUCUGAAUGGAACGGUUCCGCAACAGUGGGCAUCAAUGCAAUUGCUUGACCUUUCUCUUAUGGGGAACCGUUUAUCGGGCCCAUUUCCAAAAGUUCUCACCAAAAUCACUACUCUCAGGAACCUGAGCAUAGAAGGAAAUAACUUCUCUGGAUCCAUUCCUUCUGAAAUUGGGAACUUGGUUCAUCUUGAGAAGCUAGUACUGUCAUCAAAUGCUUUUACAGGAAAUUUACCUUCUACACUUGGCAUGCUGAAGAACUUAACUGAUGUGAGGAUAAGUGACAAUAACUUUAAUGGGCAGAUACCCAAUUUCAUCAGUAGCUGGACAAAAAUUGAGAAACUGCACAUUCAAGGUUGUUCACUUCAGGGCCCUAUACCUUCAGCGAUUUCCAACUUAACAGCUUUAAGUGAUCUGAGGAUCAGUGAUUUGAAAGGGGGACGGUCCAGUUUCCCUCAACUAAAACCAUGGGUAUCCUUGAAGAUACUGAUAUUGAGGAGCUGUCUAAUAGAUGGACCAAUCCCAGAAUAUCUUGGGAAUGUGAGGAAAUUAAAAAAUUUGGACCUAAGUUUUAACAAUUUGAGCGGUGAGAUUCCAACUUCUUUUGUUCAUCUAGCAAAAGCGGAUUUCAUCUAUUUGACAGGAAACAAGCUUACUGGAGAUGUACCGGAGUGGAUUUUAACCUCAAACAAGAAUGUAGAUAUUUCUUACAACAAGUUUUCAAUUCAAAGCUCAGUACCAAUGGAAUGUCCUAGUGGAAAUGUUAACUUUCUUGAAAGCUUUUCCUCGUACGGAAACUUUACCAGAGUUCAUCCAUGCCUCAAGCAAAACUUUCCUUGCUCUGGCCCAUCCUCGCGGAUGAAUUAUGCCUUGUACAUUAAUUGUGGAGGAAAAGAAACAGUUAUAGGCAAUGGAACAAUGUAUGAUGCUGACGUAGAAGCCCGAGGUGCUUCAAUGUUCUCUUCAAGACCAAAUUGGGCAUUUAGCAGCACAGGAAACUUCAUGGACAAUGAUAAGGAUGCUGAUUCCUAUAUUUAUACCAAUACCUCUCCUUUACAUAAUGUGUCCAGUGUUGAUUCUGAGCUUUAUAAGACUGCACGUGUGUCACCUCUCUCUCUCACUUACUAUGGAUUGUGUAUGAUAAAUGGAAACUACACAGUUAAACUUCAUUUUGCGGAGAUUAUAUUUACAAAUGAUAGUUCUUUCAACAGCCUCGGCAAGCGUAUAUUUGAUGUCUACUUGCAGGAAAAGCUGGUGUUGAAGGAUUUUAACAUUGAGAAUGAGGCAGGAGGACCUGGUAAACCCAUAGUAAAGACUUUCACUGUAGCCAUAAAAAAUGAAACGCUGAAGGUCCAUUUUUACUGGGCUGGGAAAGGAACAACGGGAAUACCUGAAAGAGGAUUUUAUGGCCCUUCAGUUGCUGCAAUAUCAGUUGACCCCAAUUUCACGCCCCCAAAAAUCGAUGAUGAUAAAAACAUUCCUGUUGGUGAAUUAGUUGGAAUUAUAGUUGGAGCUGUGAGCUUUACAUUUCUGGUCUUAGGCUUCGCCUAUACAGUGCUCUCUAAGCAAAGAAAAGUAUCUGAAGAGAGAGAUCUUAAAGGCUUGGAUCUACAAGCAGGAAUUUUUACCUUACGACAGAUCCAAGCUGCAACAAAGAACUUUGAUGCCGAAAACAAGAUAGGGGAGGGUGGUUUUGGUUCAGUUUACAAGGGACAAUUAUCAGAUGGAACGACAGUUGCUGUGAAGAAAUUAUCGUCAAAGUCAAAACAAGGAACUAGUGAAUUUCUGAAUGAAAUAGGCAUGAUAUCAGCACUGCAACAUCCAAAUCUUGUUAAGCUAUAUGGGUGCUGUGUUGAAGGCAACCAACUAAUGCUAAUCUAUGAGUACAUGGAAAACAAUUGUGUGUCCCGAGCUCUAUUUGGCAAGGAUAUAACAUACAAGAUUAAAUUAGACUGGCCUACAAGGAAAAAAAUUUGUUUGGGAAUUGCUAGAGGUUUGGCAUACCUUCAUGAAGGAUCAAGCUUGAAGAUAGUUCAUCGAGAUAUCAAGACCAGCAACAUUUUGCUUGACAAGGACCUGAAUGUUAAAAUAUCCGACUUUGGCCUCGCGAAACUUCAUGAGGACGAAAACACUCACAUUAGCACCCGGAUUGCAGGGACCAUAGGUUAUAUGGCUCCUGAGUACGCAAUGCGUGGCUGUCUAACUAGCAAAGCAGAUGUCUACAGCUUUGGGGUUGUCGCUCUUGAAAUCGUCAGUGGAAAAAGCAAUACCAACUACAGGCCAAAGGAAGAAUAUGUUUAUCUUCUGGACUGGGCCUAUGUUUUGCAAGAGAGGGGAAAUGUACUUGAGCUAGUCGAUCCAGAGUUGGGGUCUGAGUACUCAGCCGAAGAGGCUAUGGUAAUGCUAAACAUUGCGCUCUUGUGUACUAAUGCAUCCCCAACUCUCAGACCAACAAUGACUCAAGUGGUGAGCAUGCUGCAAGGACACACCCUUGUUCAAGACAUAAUCUCAGACCCAGGUUUCUCCUCCAUUGAACUGCAACUUAGAUCAAUGAGGAGGCACUUUUGGGAGAGCCCAAGCGUCGCCACAAAUGGCACGACCAUCGGUUCCAAUCUGUCAUAUGUGGAAAAGGAAGACACAGAAACAGUUGCACUUGUAACAAAGAUGUCAGAUUUAUGAAACAUAACUACACUAAUCAAUACGUAGUAUUUGUUAAUGACUAUGUAUGUAUGUAGGCAUAGCUCUUUUGACUAUAUAUAGUCAUCCUGAACUGAGUAGGAACUCCAUGGUAAAACUCAAGUAUUGAUCAAAAGCUUCAUUUGACGUAGCGUUUGUCAACUUCAUAAUUAGGAUCAAAAGUGAAAUUAUUAGUAGUAUGAUGAAGUGGUACUCCCUGCUUUUCUAUUAUUACCCGUCCCAAAAUUAAGUUCCACUUUUCCUUUUCGGAUGUCUCAAAAUAAAAUUCUUC